AUGGAUCCCUUCUUUGAAUUCAUUCAUGAAGACGCUCUUGCCCCAUCUUCAAACGAGGAUAUCUCAGUCAAUUCUCAAUCGAAUUCGACGUUCUUUGGAUGGACGGAAAGCUCCUGUAACGAAGCUUUCGAUGAAGUGCUCAGUCGAGCAAUUUGGUCAAUUCCUCGUCAAAUGGGAGCCGAUCAAAGUCGAUGGAGCGAGUUUGGGGUAGAGGGAUUAGAACCCCAGGUAAUAACUCCAUUUGGGACCCAGGGUGAGCAGGCCUGCAACAAUCUGUGCAUUGCGCCACCGCUCACCGUUGGGGAGCAGCCGGGAGACGAACAAAGCGAACCAAAGAGCCCAGGGCUUCCAGAGACUCAGGUAAUCUGCCCAGGGAUUGAAGUCAUCAUUGACUCAGGCCAUGGCUCUACUAUGGAUGAAGCAACUCCAGAACCUGAGAUUGAGUGGCUGGAGGGACUCAAUCUCCUCCCCAAAGUAUGCCACGUUAUCGGGCAUCAAGUGAUAACAAAGAAGAACAGGACCUUCCUGAGGUACAAGGUGACCUAUGAGCAACCAGUGCUCUGCCCAGAAAAUGAGCAAGUAUGGCUCCCAGACACUGCUGCUCACCCAGGACUGGAGGUAGCUGCCUGGAAGUACUUCAAGUUCAGCAAGAAGCCUCGUAUGACGAAGGCCACAGCUAUGCGCAUUCAGCGCAAGAUAUAUUACACUAACCGCAAGUACCUUUGCCGCGCCAUGUACAAGCCCUAUUAG